CGGCGGCUGCGGCGGCGGCGGCGGCGGCGGCGGCGGCGGUAUGCCAACCGCCCCGGGCACCGCCGCCGCCGCCGCCGCCGAGGGUCGGUCUCCACCGCAGUCGUUCUCUCACAUGGGUAGUGUGUGCUCAUCUCGCUCGUCAGCUCCGGUCGAAGCCAGUCCAACCACCAAGAUGCCGUCUCUGAAGCUGGUGUAUUUUGACGGCAAGGGCCGUGGGGAGCCCAUCCGUUGGAUCCUGGCUGCCGGAGGACAGGCCUUCGAGCAGGAAAAGUUCGGCUUUGAAGAGUGGCCGGCGAAGAAGCCCACCACGCCAUACGGCAGCGUGCCGCUGCUGGAGGUGAACGGAAAGCCGCUGUGUCAGACCCUGGCCAUCGCCCGCUACGCCGGAACCAUCGGGGGACUGGUGUCGACCGAUCCCUUCAAGAACGCCCUGGGUGACGAGGCAGCCGAUACCAUGGCGGAGCUCUGCUCGACCUUCUUCAGCACAAUGUUCGAGAAGGAUGCUGAAAAGAAGGCUGCGGACGAGAAGAAGCUCUUUGAGGAGACGAUGCCCAAGAUCUUCGGCCUCUGGGAGUCGCGUAUGUCGACCAAGUUCUUCACCGAUGAUAAGCCGAUCUGGCAGGACGUCUUCCUCGGACACUGGCUCUCCCGGUUCGCCGAGAUCAACCCGCAGCUGAUCGCCAAGUACCCCAAGCUGACGGCCCUGAAGGACGCCGUCCUGCAAAUCGAUGGUGUUAAGAAAUACCUGGCCAACCCGCCCACCUACUCGAUUCCGCUCUAAGAAGUGAAGAGGUGAACCGAUAUCGCGUAUCGCCUCGCGAAGCGAUCGAGGCUAGCGCUUCGCGAGGCGACGGUGCUGUUAAGGAGCAGCAUUGUUCUGAACUCGAGCCUCGAGGUUGAUUGGUCUUUCUCUUUAUCCGAAUUGCACCGCAUAGCUACAUGGUACAGCAACAUGGAGUCGAAAAACUAUAUGUAAGGCUCAAAUCGGUUUGAACCAGCAGUCAGGCGAAGCCUCUUUCGAUUUUGUGACGUCAUAAUAGAACACUGACGCAUGAAAGAGGUGACCUCGAGCUGCGCGCGGUUUUCCGUCCAGAUAACAUUCUAUGUCGAAUAAAACGACAGAGACUUUACAAUAACACCCAUAUGCAGCAUGCGCUCUGUAAUCAUUGACUGCACUUCGUACUUUGUUCCACCUGUAUCAAUCAGGUUAGCUAGGGUGUGGGCAUAGAAGCCAGAAGUCAUUUUUGAAACCCUUUUUAAGUUAGCCGACUGUCUGAUUUUUUUUUACCGGAUGUUCGCUACCACCUUGUUGCUGGAAGUUAUUCGUCAGAUCUCUAUGGACCACGCGUGUUAUACGAAAUAAAAUAAAAU